GAAACAUAUCCCCAACCAUCUAUAUAAAUCCCUGCAAAACCCCCUUCUUCUCUCUCCUCAAAUCCACACUUUCCCCUUUCCCUCCAACAGAUUUUACCCUUUACCCCCCUCAACUUUCAUGAUGGAUCAAACACAAACCAAACGCCACCGUGAACACUCCGGUGCCGACGCCGGAGACCCACAAACAACAAAACGCCAAAAAACAUCUUACGAUAAUGAACAACAAGAAACCGACCAAGAUUUACAGGAUUUCUUCAUAAGUCUUUAUUAUUCCGACCCGUUUCUUGAAAUCAACCCACAACCCGGGUCCGAACCGAAUAAUGACCCGAACCAAAAUACUAAACAGGAUUUAAAAGAAGAUAAUGAUGAGAAAGAAAGUGUUAUUAGACACCUUCUUGAAGCUUCUGAUGAUGAGUUGGGUAUUCCGGCGGUGGAUGGUGGCGGUGGUGACGGCGGUGACGGCGGUGACAUCAAUGGAGUGAAUUAUUUGUUGGAUUUAUGUGAUGGGUUGUGGGAGCUUGAAGAUGAAGCUGCUAAUUAUCAUACGUUGUUGCAAUCUGAACUAUUUAUGUGAUAGUUUUUUUAAAUGGGAGUUAGAAGUGACAAAAGCAGUAACUUGUGGGGGGUGUGAUGGAAAAUCGAGUAAGGUGCGAAAAAUUGGAUAUAAGUUUUGGAAAUUUCAUUUUGGACCCUUGAUCUCUAUAGAAUUAUGAGAUGUUCCUCAAAUUUUUUUAGAUUAUUUAAAGCUUAGAAAGAAAAAAUUGUGUAUGAGUAGUUAUAAAAAUUUUGAUUUGUUUCUGUUAGUUUUUUACUCCAAAUCUAUUCUUUACUAAUAGAAAAAAAAAAAAAAGAAUCGAUCCAUGUGGACCA